AUGGCUUCGUUUUCAGGCAGCGGCAGAGGCGGCUGGGCUCCACGCAGAGGGCGAGGCCGCGGAGGAAGAGCGCCUCACUUCGCAAAGAACAGAGAGCAGCCAAAACCGGAUCUCCAGACACACCCGCUUGGAGACCCUGUGAAAGUGUUUCGCAGCUCCGAUCUGAGUCUGAAACCAAUCGACUCGGCGGAGAUAUCGAAUUGCCAACAUGUCGCGUCGUACAACUGGCUCAACGACGAAGUACCUACCAUCGUCGUUCCAGGUAAACCUCCUCGCUGGACACCACUCCACGCUCCACAGCGUUUGAAGGAAGACGACGGACAGUACUUUCGCGACCCCAAUGCUGCAAAGUAUCCCGACUUCCCAAUGGCACCCGUCGUACAUGCUAUUACGAAGAUCGACCCCGAAUUCGACGCUACGAACACCGAUGUCUUCGCAUGCGGAAGCACCCUUGGCAACCUCCUGCGCUUCGCUCGUGGUAUCGACAAAGCGUUCCGGUUCAACAUCGAGGUCAUCGGCGAGACAGUCUUCUUUAUACGAAAAGAGAAUGACCCCAAGGAAGUUAUCAAGGAUAUCAGAGGCUUUGGUCAUACAUUUCCGGAAGCAUACACCACAUGGGACCAGAGUGUCAAAGGCUCCGAGACACACCAGCGCAUCGUACGAUACAAGUUCAGCGGCUUGGACUGCCUUGUACGCUUCGAGAGCGAUGGUUACAUCGACGACAAGCAGCCAUCGGCCGUCCGCCGUCCGCCGAGCAACGCGAUGGGUAAGCUGGAAGAGCUCAAGAUCGAACACGGCGGAUCUGCAAUACCGCAUCACUCCAUAUUUGACCUGAAGACACGCUCAGGCAAAUACAAGAAACCUAUCGACAUGACCGACAUCUACCCGGCGCUCUGGAUGAAACAGAUAUCCAACUUCAUCGUGGCCUACCACGACGGCCAUGGCCUUUUCGAAGAUAUACAGGUACAAGAUGUCAAGAGCGAUGUGCGAGCCUGGGUGCGAGAGAAUAGAGACGGCAUCCGCCGCUUCGCAACACUACUCAAUGAGAUCGUUGGCAUCGCCAAGAGCAGCACAAACAAGUUGCUCGAAGUGUAUUGCCCCGGAGCGGAUCGCCUAGAGAUCCGAAAACAGUAUGGCGACGGCGUACACGCGUUGCCUGCAGACUUGGUCGACAGAUGGGAGAAGACGGAGACUAAUAUCUCCUCUACUCAGGAUGAUGCUUCGGAUGAGGACGAAUACAAUGAUGGCGGUGUCGAUGUUGAUGCAAGGUAUGGGUUUGGCAGUGGCGACGACGACUCAGGUUCUGAGCCAGACUACACUGCGUGUUCUGCUGAAGACUGUGGGUACUGCGGAAAGUGCACGUACUAA